AUGGCGCGAUGCUGCAACGUGUACAGACGGGGGCGCUUCAUUGCGCCGACUGGCGCAGCCCACGCGGCCGACGUGCUGGUCCUCGCCGCCGACACGCUCGUCUUCGCAGGCGCCGCGCUCGUCUUCGCAGGCGCCGCGCUCGUCUUCGCAGGCGGAGCGGUGGUCCUCUUGGUAGCGCUCUUCGCAGGCGCUGCGGUGGUCCUCUUGGCUGGUUUGGCGGUCUUCGCAGCCGCCGCGGUGGUCUUCCUAGCAGGUGCGGUGGUCUUCGCAGCCGCCGCGCCGGUCCUCGUAGCCGGCGCCGUGGUAUUCGUAGCCGGCGUCGGGACUCUCGUAGCAGGCGCCGUGCUCUCGAUCUCUUACCUUUGGUACUGCUCCAGGCUCGUCGUCGAGCUCACUAUCGCCCCUUAUCGCACCCCUCGCGGACCUUGCAGUAGCCCGCAUGGCUCUCUGAACUGCCGACAUGUCGGCGGCAGUGGGCUGCGGCGUGGUUUCGGGCGAGCGGCAGGUUGGAUAUCGACCGCAUCCUCGUCCUCAUGCGCCGCACGUUCACGCAGCGUCGUCCAGCCGGGGGCGCCGCGGGGUGGUUCAUUCGACAGCGACAGGCCCUCCAAUACCCAGCCCACCACCGCGCGCUCCUACCGCGCUCCUACCCUCGCCCGUCAUUCCCAAGCCCCGCCGACGCCGCCAAACCGAGCCAAGGACGCCCCGGGCCUGCACCGACGCCCCGCACAAGCGCGGGGUCGUUUCCUCGACAACGCCAGGCCGUCCAGUGCGCAGCCCGCCACCCCGACCUCGACCGCCCUCCUACCACCACCAGCCGCUCCCAAGCCCCGCCGACGCCACCAAACGCAGGCCCAGGACGCCCUGGGCCUGCACCGACACCCCGCACAAGCGCGGGGUCGUUUCCUCGACAACGCCAGGCCGUCCAGUGCGCAGCCCGCCACCCCGACCUCGGACCGCCCUCCUACCACCACCAGCCGCUCCCAAGCCCCGCCGACGCCACCAAACGCAGGCCCAGGACGCCCCGGGCCUGCACCGACCCCCGCACAAGCGCGGGGUCGUUUCCUCGACAACGCCAGGCCGUCCAGUGCGCAGCCCGCCACCCCGACCUCGUACCGCCCUCCUACCACCGCCAGCCGCUCCCAAGCCCCGCCGACGCCACCAAACGCAGGCCCAGGACGCCCUGGGCCUGCACCGACACCCCGCACAAGCGCGGGGCCGUUUCCUCGACAACGCCAGGCCGUCCAGUGCGCAGCCCGCCACCCCGACCUCGUACCGCCCUCCUACCACCGCCAGCCGCUCUCAGCCCCGCCGACGCCGCCAACGCAGCCAGGACGCCCUGGGCCUGCACCGGCACCCCGCACAAGCGCGGGGCCGUUCCUCGACACGCCAGGCCGUCCAGUGCGCAGCCCGCCCCCGACCUCGGACCGCCCUCCUACCACCACCAGCCGCUCCCAAGCCCCGCCGACGCCACCAAACGCAGGCCCAGGACGCCCCGGGCCUGCACCGACACCCCGCACAAGCGCGGGGUCGUUUCCUCGACAACGCCAGGCCGUCCAGUGCGCAGCCCGCCACCCCGACCUCGGACCGCCCUCCUACCACCACCAGCCACUCCCAAGCCCCGCCGACGCCCCAACGCAAGCCCAGGACGCCCUGGGCCUGCACCGACACCCCGCACAAGCGCGGGGUGCCUUGCCUGCGAGCGGCGGCCCUUUAAUUGGCGCCCCCGCUUCUCGCCCUCCUACCGCCUUCGUACCGCCGCCACGCCCUCUGUGCCCCGCCGCCUUCCUCAAACGCAGGCACACGACGCGCCUAGAGCACGCGAGCACCCCGCACAAGCGCGGGGUGCCUUGCCUGCGAGCGGCGGCCCUUUAUUGGCGCCCCCCGCUUCUCGCCCUCCUACCGCCUUCGUACCGCCGCCACGCCCUCUGUGCCCCGCCGCCUUCCUCAAACGCAGGCACACGACGCGCCUAG